AUGGAAGAGGAGCUGCAAACCGAAGAACAGGCUCAGCCACAUACAAGCUGCCCUCCACUUUGGAGCUGUCAAACCGACGCAUCAUGGAUAAACAAAGACGAGAGAGCAGGCCUGGGUUUUGUGGUUAUGAAUGCAGGUAACCCGAUGCUGUAUGGAGCAAGAGAACUAACCAGAGCGACCUCCUCCCUUCAUGCAGAAGCCGAAGGUCUUAUAUGGGCAAUGCAAGAAGUUUUAAAAACAAGGAACAGAAGCAUACAAUUUGAGCUGGACUGCGAGCAACUCGUAAAGCUGAUACAAAGUGAAGAAGAUUGGCCCUCCAUGGCAGCUGAAAUUGAUGAGUCAAAGCUCUGUUGCUGGCAUUUCUGGAAAUAUCCAUCAUUCAUAUUCCAAGAUCUUUGA